GUAAAUUUAGAUAUGGCCGAGGGAAUGGUCGGUCAGAAACCACGCAUUACGCUCUGAAACAAGAAUGGAAACAGAAACAAGCAGUGUUGGAGACUUUUCUGAUUUAUUGUCUGCUGCCUUGAAUGAGUCCGGUAUUACUGGAAAUGAUUUCGAAGAUGACUUCAGCUUUGAAUCAUCAGGCAUUGCAUACAGUUCUGUGUCACAGCAAGUCCCAUCUGGGCAGGUGAUUCCAGCCAUUCCUGCCUCACCAGCGUCCAAUCUUACCAGCCAAGUCAUCUCUGUUCGACCUUCAGGUGGACAGCUAGGCAACAUAAGGCUGGUCACACCACCACAUGCUGUGCCCACAAGACCACAGAAUCUCCCCACUGUCAAGGUGGUUCAGGGUACUAAUCCACAAGGAUCUGGCACGCCAGUCACCAAAAUAAUCCGUCUGUCUACCCCCAAUUCUCUUCUGCAAAGGACAGGUUCUACUGUGAGUGGAGUUCAACUUUCCAAUGGAAACCCAGCUGUGAUUAGGCAGGUAGUGGGCUCUGCUUUGCCAGGUGCUGCUGGGGGUGCUCGUCAGCCACAGAUUUUCACCAUCACUCGUGUUCCACAAACAUCAGGUAGUGUCUCGCUGGGCAGCAAGAAGGUCAUUUUAACAACUCAGGGGUCAGGCAAUGCAGUGGCAGGGAAUGGAAGUGGGACCACUCAAAAGAUUGUGUUGGCCCAAAAUGGUCAUACUCUGUGCCCCAUCAGGCCAUCAUCAAAUGGGCAGCAUCAAGUCAUUGUUGCCAACAUUAAUGGCCAGCAAAAGAUACUUCAGACCACUGCUGGGGGCACACGGAUGCUUAUCGGUGCCAAUGGACAGCAGGUGGUGCGCGUGGCACCUCCUACAAAACCUGUGGCCACAACAACUGUCAUUGCCAAUGGGUUAGCUUCAGGUGAAAGUGCGGCAGGUCCACAACAGAGAAGCAUCCUGCAGUCUGGCUCUGUCAGCAGUGUGAAGACUACAUCCCUUCUGAGCAGCAACUCACCUGUGCAUGUUGUGAGCAAAGCAGGACUUACCGGUGGGAAAAUGAUCUCAGCUGCUUUCUCCUCCGUGCACACUCUAGGUCUUCGCAAUUCGUCCAGCAGUCCUUCCCUGGACAGCCACUCCCUUUUACCUAGUGGGUCUCCAGCUUUUGGUGGAAACAUACCUACCAUAGUGACACAAAAGACUGGGGUUGGCAGUGACAAUUUGGGCCAUUCAUCUUUAAACAAUUCUUACAGUGUGAAUGUCCCAACCAUUGUAACUCAACAGUUUGGCAGUGGCAGUGAGAGUUUUGUUUCAGCUAAUGGGCCAAAUGUUAAAGCCAAUGUGUCUGGAAAGGAGUUGUCCCGCAUUUGGUCUACUGGACACUUUCGAACGGUUGAUACUCUGAAGUUGCAACAUUUACAGGCCUCUCAGUUUCAAGAUAAUGAGGAGGAGGAAGUGGCUGAAGAGGUUGAGGAACUUGGUCAUGCUGAAACUUAUGCCGAGUAUAUGCCUAGCAAGUUGAAGAUUGGUGAGAAGCAUCCAGACCCAGUGGUUGAGACCAGCUCACUUUCAAGUGUAGAGCCUCCUGAUGUACGAUACCGGUUGUCAGUCCCAGAGAGUGUAAUUGACAGUGGAGUGUUAUCAGCAUUACAACUUGAGUCGAUCACAUAUGCAUCACAACAGCAUGAAACUAUCCUGCCAAGUGGAGAACGUGCUGGUUAUCUUAUAGGUGAUGGUGCUGGUGUAGGCAAGGGUCGAACAGUUGCUGGAAUAAUUUAUGAAAAUUAUCUUUUGGGUAGAAAGCGUGCUCUCUGGCUGAGUGUUUCAAAUGAUCUUCGAGUUGAUGCAGAGCGAGAUUUGCGAGACAUCGGUGCUGGAAAAAUUGAAGUCUAUCCCCUGAACAAAUUCAAGUAUGCAAAGAUUUCAUCCAAAGAGAAUGGAAGUGUCAAAAAAGGUGUCAUCUUUGCAACAUAUUCCUCACUGAUUGGAGAGAGUCAGUCAGGUGGAAAAUAUCGUACCCGUUUAAAACAACUCCUGAAGUGGUGUGGAAAGGACUUUGAUGGUGUUAUUGUGUUUGACGAGUGUCACAAAGCCAAAAAUUUGUGUCCGACGGGAUCCAGUAAACCUACCAAAACAGGGCAGACAGUAUUAGAACUUCAGAAUCGACUGCCAAAAGCUCGUGUUAUCUAUGCCAGUGCCACUGGUGCUUCUGAGCCAAAAAACAUGGCAUAUAUGACACGCCUUGGUCUCUGGGGUCCUGGCACACCCUUCAAGGAGUUUAAUGACUUCAUUCAGGCUGUGGAACGUAGGGGAGUUGGUGCCAUGGAGUUGGUUGCUAUGGACAUGAAGCUCCGGGGCAUGUACAUUGCACGCCAGCUUAGUUUCCAGGGAGUUACAUUUCGCAUUGAAGAGAUUCCACUGGACUCUGAAUUUAAGAAAGUGUAUGAUGAUGCGGCCGAGUUGUGGAUGGAGGCAAGAGCCAUGUUUCAAAAAGCUGCAGAUUUAAUUCAAGCCGAGCAUCGCAUGCGAAAGUCAAUGUGGGGACAGUUUUGGUCUGCUCAUCAGCGGUUUUUCAAAUACCUUUGCAUCUCUGCUAAAGUCCCACAUUGUGUGGCAUUAGUUCGGGAAGCUGUCAAGGCAGGAAAGUGUGUUGUUAUUGGCCUGCAGUCAACAGGGGAGGCAAGGACUCUGGAGCAGGUGGAGGAGAUGGGAGGAGAGUUGAAUGACUUUGUGUCCACAGCUAAAGGUGUUUUUCAAACAUUGGUGGAGAAACACUUUCCUGCCCCAGAUCGUCGCAAGGCAUUUGACAUGUUAGGGCUCAGCAACUAUGCUCAGCGUGACAAUGCUGAAAGCCUUGAUGGCGCAGGAUUUAAAAGGAAAAGAGAAAGUGAUACUCCAGCAACAAAGCGCCAGAAAGUUCAAAGCAGUGACUCCAGCGAUUCCAGCUCCUCAGCUUCAGAAGCUAGCGACUUUGACUUGAGUGCAAAUUCUGACUCUGACAGUGAUGAUAAUCAUAAUCCUUUUGGUCAUGGUGGUUCUGAUAGUGAUGACGAUCCAUGGUUGAAGAAAUCCAAAAAGAAGACUAAACCUCCAAAAAAGAAGAAAGAAAAGAAGAAAAAAGUGAAAAAGUCAUCUUCAGAUGAAGAAGAUAAUCAACUUGACAAGGCUCUGGCAGCUGCUGGUCUCUUAAAAAAAAGCAAUUCAUAUGCUGGCUUCAGUGAAAAACUAAAUGGAAGUUCUUCUAAUGAGCCUACCAAUGGUAUGGAUGUGUGGGAAAAGGCAUUUUCUAUGAAGUCUGAACUUCUAAACCUGAUCGAACGCCUUGGUGAGAGGCUGCCACCUAACACAUUGGACCAGCUGAUUGAUGAACUUGGUGGCCCAGACAAUGUUGCAGAGAUGACAGGUCGAAAGGGACGAGUUGUUCAAGGAGAUGAUGGCAUUCAGUAUGAAUCUCGUAGCGAGGCUGACGUUCCUCUGGAAAUUCUUAACCUUACAGAGAAACAACGAUUCAUGGAUGGUGAGAAGAACAUUGCCAUAAUAUCUGAGGCUGCUAGCUCUGGUAUCUCACUUCAAGCUGAUCGUAGAGCUGUUAACCAGCGUAGGCGUGUUCACGUCACCCUUGAGCUGCCAUGGAGCGCAGACCGUGCCAUACAGCAGUUUGGGCGAACACACAGAUCUAACCAAGUGAGUGCCCCAGAAUAUGUUUUCCUGAUUUCGGAGCUUGCUGGCGAGCGCCGUUUUGCAGCAACUGUUGCAAAGCGUCUGGAAAGUCUGGGGGCCUUGACUCAUGGUGAUAGGAGAGCCACUGAGAGCCGUGAUCUUAGUCGCUUCAACAUUGAUAAUAAAUAUGGACGAGCAGCGCUCGAUUCUGUCAUGAAAUCGGUCCUCAACCUCAAUGUAGAUCAGCCUCUCGUGGCACCUCCAGCAUCUUACAAAGGCAACUUUUUGCAAGACGUGAAGCAGUGUCUCGAAGGUGUGGGUCUGAUCAGCACCGAUGAACGCACGGGUAUCACAGUUCUUGAAAAGGAUUACAACAACAUCAGUAAGUUCCUAAACAGACUACUGGGCUUGCCAACUACUGUUCAAAAUGCAAUGUUUGACUACUUUAACACAAAUCUGACAGCCAUUAUCUUGGAAGCAAAACGCAGUGGACGCUGGGACAUGGGAAUUUUGGACUUGGGGUCUGGACAGGAACAGGUGAAGCGGAUGGAGACACGAGUUUUUGUGGGCAAUACAGCUACCAACACAGCCAAGACAGAACUCGCUGCUGUACAAGUUGAGAGGGGUAUGUCUUGGACAUCUGCCAUGGAGCUAUGGCAGCGCUGUAAAACAUUGGAAGAAGGUUUCUACAAUUCACUACAGGAACGAAAUUGCAAGCACACUUCAAUUUUGAUCGUGCUACAAGGCAAGAACAAGAAAAAAGACAAAGUGUACAAUGUAUAUCGGCCAAACACAGGGCUGCAGUCAAGAGUAGAAACUCUGGAAGAAAUAAAGAAAAAGUACAAGCGAGUAGUCCCAGAUGAAGCGCGGUCCUCGUGGGAAGAUCAAUAUUUUGCUUCUGCUCAUGUCUGCAUCCAUGCCUACUGGAAUGGUCAUUGCAAAAAGACAAGUCUUGGACUGAAUUGUGAAAUUGGGUUACGCACACGUCAGUACCACGUUCUGUCAGGCUCGGUGCUGUCUGUCUGGAGUCGUGUCGAGAGUGUUUUGACUUCAUUGCCAGGUGGCACAGCCUCCAAAAUGCAGAUCAUUCGUCUGCGUACUGAUGAUGGGCAGAGGAUUAUUGGGAGCCUUAUUCCGCCCAACUGUGUCCAGCCUCUCUCCAACGUUUUAUCACAAGAUUCUGCUCGCACCUACACAGAAAAACACCAUCAGUCUCUAGAUGCAGCAGUAAACGGCUUAAGGGGGCUGGCCCCUACAGCUGCCACACACCGCAGCAAGAUUGCUGCUGAGGCUGUCAAAGCCAGUGCCAUGACUAGCAUGCAGUCUGUCACCUCUUCUGAAGUGAAAGAAGCCAAGGAGGCUAUAGAGAGCAAGACUUCUCCUCAGGAGCCCGUCUUGAGCAUGCCAGUCUUUGACUUCUUGUGAUCUUUCUGAAGGGAUUAGGCUGUAGCAGACAUCUUUAUUUUGUGCUUGGUAAACCGUUUCAUAUGGUUUGAUGUGUGAUAUGAAAAACUGAUGCCAAAUAUCAGGGCUUUUUCUUUCGUUUUUUACAAUGGAGAAAUUGAAUAGCUUGAAGUGUGGAGAAACUAAAAUAUUAAAGGAAACUUGUAUAUUGAUUUCAUCAUAUUGAUGAGAAGGGUUUGUGGACCAAACUCAGCUUUCAAGGAGCACAAGGGAAUUUCAUCUUGCUCCCAUCUUGGAAGAUGUAACUACCCACAAAGACUCCUUCCCAUAUUGGAAACAUUUUCAUUAUUGCCUGGCUUGCACCUUCAGAAGCCUGGAGUACUGUGCCGGAUGACAAAUGUGCAGAAGCAACCAGCACUCCAUGUGACCUGCAGCUAAUUGGUGUCAUCUCAGGAACUACACCAUGCUAAAUUUAGCAAUAUGACAAAGAGAAAAGUGUGUGCACCUUUAAGACUUCUCCCAGGUAGAAGCUAUGCACUUGACAGAUCGCAGGCCCCCUGGUUAUGUAGCCAGGUUGAGAGCACUUUUUUUACUUUUUGUUUAUUUUUGUGUAUGACUGACUAUAUACCACUCUGUGAUCAACCAGCUCAUAGUGUUUUGAAGACAACGUUACAAGAGGAGCCAAAACUGAUUGCAUCUAUUCCCCUUCCCCUCAGCUUUCUACCUGUUAGACAUGAGAAAUUCUUAUGUCAUCCCAUCAUGUUGUGAGUAACUGAAUUACCAAAAACAACUAUUCAUCAGUUUAGAAUUUCCUUCCUUCACUAUGUGUGAACCCAACUGUGACUUUGUGAAUACAAGAUUUCACGAUAUUUGGGAGAAAAAAGGCAACUUGCAGAUUAAGACUUCUUGCUAAGAAUACCAAGAUUUCUUGCUGGACCAGUGCCACAGACAGCUUGCCUCAAAGAUAUAAUGGUAGUAUGUUGAUGUGGAAAGUACAAGUUUGUUCACAGCAUGAAUGUUUAUGCCAGGUUCAGCAUUUCAUGUCUCUUUAGGUUGGGGAUGGGUGGGUGUGUGCAUUCAUCUUUAUAUAUAUUUUUUGUGGGCAAGUGUAUGCAUGCUUUGUGAUAGCAUUCUUUCACUUUCUCUUGGGGGCCACCAAAUGACUGUUAUUUAAACAGUUACGGCCUAGUUAUUACGACUUGGCAUUGUGUUUUCUAGAAGUUGGUGAAGAGCUGCUAUGAUAGCCUUUUUUUUUUUUUUUUUUUUUUAAAAUGACUUCCAAGUUUAUCAACUCGGUUAUUUAUGUAGUUUAGUUUAGUCCUUGUUACUCCUCAAGGAGCAUAGGGCUGCAAUUAUUCGUGUAACAGCACGGAAAUUUUCAUCAAUUUGAAAAUACUCUUCUUUCAUUUCCAAGAAGUAGACAGUAAAAAUUGUAAUGCUACAUCUUGUCAGGUGUUCAUGUUUCCAGGUGAUAUUUCUAAGCAUCUCAUUCGAGCUUCAGUCUCAUCCUGACCCAGAGAUUAACGAAUGUAUGCUGUACCAUAUAUCCUUUAUUUCAUAAUUCAUCUGCUGCUGUAUUUAGAACUUGACAAUCAUUUCAGAAUUGUUUGGCUCAUUUAAAAUUACACAUAAAGUUUGAAGAUGUAGAACAUGAUAAUAAGAGAAAUACAUGAAGAUAUCCAAAUGACAGAUAGUAUGCCAUGCGAAAUCCGUUAUCUGACAGGAUGGGCUGUUCUUACACACUUUUCCAGCCCAUGACUUUUCCAUCUUUGUAUCAAGCAUUUUCAGUGCCCAUUUAUUUAUUUAUCAGGUGUGGUUUGACCUGUUUUCUCUUUCCAUCAGCUUUUUCUCAAUAGCCGGGCAGUCCAGUGAGGGUUAGCUCUCCUGAGUUCAGCUCUCAUCUCGGACAUGCUGUUCUUUCUCUACAUGUGGCAUCUGUUUACAGGGUUGACUUGUCAUAAUACAGCCUCAGCAUAAAACACCAAUUCCCACCACUACCACCCUCUCACUCUCCUGUAGCCAUAAUUCUAGAGAAAUAAUGUGCAAACCUGUUGCCCUGCUAUUUUAGUGAUAUUAAUAUAAUCAUGCCCUGUCAAAGUGAGGCAUGCCAAGUGAAAUUUACUGUUAGGUGCAUUACAUUUUUUAUUUCAUGCAGUUUUCUCUUUUUCACCUUCCUCUUUUCUUUUCUUGCUCUGUGCUGGAGCACUUUAACAAAGUUGGGAUUGGGAGAGGGGACUCAUUAUUUCUGUCAAGUACCCUGUGAUGAGUAAUGAAAUGUCAUGAACACAGAGAUAAUGUUAUGACUGCAUAACAUCAUCUGUGCAUUUGUUGCUUAGUAAACCUUGAACAAAGAUUGAUAUGUGAUGCUAACAUGGGCACAGAUGCCCAUCUUCCACCAUUCCUGCUUGUACAGCUCUGUGAAUUCCAUUGUUGUGGUUUUUAUGCAUGUGUGCAUGUUUGAUCAGUUAUUUUUUGAAGGAAACGUAUAUAGUGUAAAAAAAAAUAAAUUUGACCACAUUUUCACCUUUGAGGAUCACAUUUUACAGACAGUAAGUUGUUCUUUGUGUGCUUUUGUAGAAAUAGAAACUUGACAUUUUUUAAUUAUUUGUUUUUGUGGAAAGUUGAUUCAGUUGCUGAUAAUCUUAACAGUUAUGUGAUGCAGCGUGACCAACAGGAAUGUAAAAUGAACAGAUUCAAGUGCCUGUUAUGCAUAAAGCAUUAGGCACCCUGUGGAGUCUGAUGUUGCAGCUAGUACUUUAUUUUUAGAAACUUUGAGUCAGGGGUAAGAGAAAGUGAAUCAGAUUUUUUUUUUUUUUUUUUUUUUUUUUGCAAGCUUAGGCAUAAGUAUGCUAUUUCAAAAACAUUAAUGCCUAUUUCAUUAAGUGCACUUAACAUUGUACUUUUAUGUAAGGCACUUUUAUUAAAUCUGCAUCAGAAUUGAAUAACAUUGUCAGCAGAGGGCAUGCUAGACAAGAUUUGGAACUAUCAGAUUUGCUACCAGAUACAAGUGUACAGGCCCUUGUAGUUCCUGUCUUGAUGUAAGGAUGUGAGACCUAGAUUCUGCUUGGUGAUGGGGUAGUAGGGGGGAUCGAGGCGUUUCAAACAAAGCAGUACUGUCAGGUGUCAAUUAAAUCUGUCCUUUUUGUUUGUUUGGGGGGGGUGGGAGGGAUUGCCUUAUACUUGCCUGCUGUUCCCUUCUUGGCCACAUGCCAAUUGCAGUAUUUUCAUUAGAAGUGUGUGCUAUUUGUGGCCAAAAGGAGACUGCAGAAUUCUGGAAAUGCUAUUUUUGUCAAAAGUGUGCACUUGGUUCAUUUUUUGUUUCUGUGUUAGGAAUGAUGACCCAUGUCACAAUUGUAACUUGCCCAUUGCAAAAUAUUAUCAGACAUCAUACAGUGAGAGAGAUGGUGUGGAAGGCUGUGAAAUGGAAGACAAAGUGCUCUGUAAUGUAUUCUGUUACUCGGAGAACAUAAGUGUUCAGCAGAAAGGACAGAGUCCAUUAUUGGUGCUAUUUGUAUAUUUAUCUGCAAGAUGUACAGAAGAUGAAUUUGUUAACUAGGAAAGGUGUUAGUAGUUUUAGGGGUUGGUUUUUUUUUUAGUUUGGGUUGGGGGUGAAAUGUGUAUUUGCCCACAUUUACAGUUGCAGAAAAGACAUUUUAAAAUGGUUUGUACUCAUUUAAGAUAGCAUAAUAUUCACAGCAAAUUUAUACUUGACCUAUUCAGGUCUUUUAUGUGUACAGUCAGUGUCUUGUGGUAGGUACUCCAGGACAGUUAUUUAUUUCACAUUAGCUGUAAAUCCAUUUGGAUGAUAUUGCUUUGCUUUUUUGCAAACCGAAGAUGGUGCAGGGUUGGAUCAUUUCCUUAAUGUACUACAUUGUCUGUUUUGUCAUCUGCCAGUAUGAAGGAAAUUCAGUGUUCUUCAAACAUUUUUGUAGUCCAUUACAAUUUUCAUUGACUGCAGUUUGGCAGCAAGCUGUUUCAGAGCCAUAUGAAAAUUAAAAGCAUGUUCUUUGAGACUGCUCUGCCUGUUUAUUGUAGCAGGUUACAAUCAUGUAGAAUUACUCGAAUACCCAUAACCUUAAAAUCAAGAGUUCAGCAUAGAAUGUUUUUUCGUGUUUCUUUAUUCAGCUACCUUUCAAAUGCUGCAGUUUGUAGUUUUGGGGUCCUUUGGGUUUGUCUUCAGUAGUUCAAAAUAUUAGUUUGUCAGAUCCCAAAAAAGUGUUGUACAUCUUGAAUUCUGGAAAUUGUAGUGCAGUCUUGUUCACAUCUGUACAUAGUGAUUGCUCAAAUUAUGUUCUGUCACCAUUCAUAAAUCUUGUGUCAGACCUUGUUGCGGGUCCUUUCUAUCAUAAUUGGAUGCAUGAUAAAUAUUUGACCUUGUUCCUUUAACAUUGUCUUUCACCCUGAACUCAGGGCAACUAUUAGCAUGUUACACAUUCUAGGCUGUAAGCAAUGGUACUUAAACUUUAGUAUGAAUGGAAUAGUAUUUUAGUUCAAAGUUGCCUCUUCCCUUGCUGCUGCCCUAAUUUGUAGAUUUUUUUCCCCAUCCUUAAGUCCCCACCCAAAAAAAAAUUGUUGUGGCAACUAAAAGGUAUGUUUUGUACAAAACUGGAAUGAGUGGAUCAAGAAGAAUGGUAAGUGAUUGUUGGUAGAUGUUUGCACCAUUGUUUUUUUGUUUUUUUAUGAAAGUGUUUAUUAUUGGUUGCACGAAUUGCUUUGAAAGAGGUGGAUAAAGCAAGCUUGAGCACAUGGUUGUUUCACAAACGAAUGAAGUGUAAUAAAAUUUUGUGCAAAGAGGAAUAAAAUGCUCACUGAUGCA